CCUCUGUUUGACAUUCGCCAUUUUGAUGGCAGCACGUAAUCAGAAAAAAAAUAGUUUGCCACAUGUGUUUGAUGUCAUCUCCCCUGAGUGACCCUCAUGGCCAGCGUGGACACAUCAGACAUAAACUAAUCAGACUUAAGGAGGGCGAAGCCACAAAAGGACUGCGAGAGAUGAGGAGUAAGAAAUGCGUCAGAUCAGGUGCAAUGCCUAACAUUUGGAUAGAAGUCUGUCUUCUUCUGUUAUCACUGACUAACGCCCAGGCUGAUGGCUGCCUCACUGCCAUCAUUGGGGAGACGAUGCAGAUUCCCUGUUCUCUGAAUACCGAAGAGUCCUUAAAGACAGAAGACAUUUCAAUUGAAUGGCAAAAAGCUAAUGGCCCCAUUGUCCAUGCAUUUUACAAAGGAGAGGAUAAUCUGUCAAAUCAGGACUCCCAGUUCAAAGGUCGAACGCAGCUCUUCAGAUCUGAACUAUCACGUGGUAACUUCUCACUCGGGCUGUCAAACGUGUCAGUCAGUGAUGAAGGGGAGUUUGAGUGCAAAUACAGCAGAGCUGAGGAGAAAAGCAGCAGACUUCUGUACUGGUGCCACCUUCAAGUCACAGGUCGUUACUCUGAACCAGUUGUCUACAGAUCAGCAUCACCAGUGUCUAAAAACAGUGAGGUCCAUUUCACCUGCAAGUCUACUGGGGGAUUCCCUGAGCCAAAGGUCCAUUGGUCUGUGAAUAAGGAGCCUCAUCAGAACUCAAGACGAGUGAACACAACACUGAGCCGCGACAGCAGGGGUCUGUACAGUGUGACCAGCGUCCUGACUGUGAACGUGACAGGAGACGUGUCUGUGACCUGCACUGUCGAGAAUGAGAGACUCGGAGAGAACACAACCUCACCUGAAAAUCGGCUAUCUGAGAAAGAGCCAAACAGAGGGAAUGGAAGAGCCUGGGCCGUAGGAGGGUCCGUGUUAGUGGUGGUGCUGCUGCUUGGAGGGUCUGUGAUGUUUUACAAGCUGAUGAAACGCCAACAUGGAGAACGUGUGCCAAGGACAGACAUUGACACAACAGCACCCAUCAGCAAACACCAUGAAGCUGAACAGCUCUGA